GCGCCAUAGUUUAAGAAUGUACUAUGGUAUUUUCUCUUAUUGAUUAAGAGGCUGUGCGCCAUCUGUUCUACUCUAAAUGCAUCUUCAUUCAUCAUGGAACGAUUAUUCUGCCGUUUCUGGAGUUCGGAUAUGGACGCAGAACUUUCACUUUCGACGAAGCUGAAAAACAUCUUGCGGUGAGAUGAACUAAUCAGCCUGACUUCAACUGGUGACGGAAAAAACAUCAUGGCAACUCCUGUGGCAGAGUUGAAGCCUCUGAAGCACAGCAGCAGUUUUGAGAUUCUUCCUCCAGAUUUUUCUGAGCUGAGGCUGGUUCUUCUGGGGAGCAGCUGGAGUCUGAGGAGCUCAGUGGGAAACCUCCUUUUGGGAAAGUCUGAGUUAAUGAAAGAUUCAACUCGAUGUGUCGAAGUCAGAGGAACAUUUCAGGACAAACUAGUGACUGUGAUCUACACUCCAGACCAGCUGCUCUCCACUGAUUCACAACAACACAAACUCCAACAGUUUAUACAAGACAUUAAAGAUCUGAGUGCUCCUGGUCCUCAUGUGUUCCUGCUGCUUCUACAGCCUGAAAACUUCACUGAGGAACACAAAAACAGACUACAGUCAGUCCUGGAGAGACUCAGUGAUCAGGACCUUCAACCAUUCACUGCUGCUGAUGUUCCAGAACACAAACAGAGACACCAGAGUCCACAGAGAAAUACAUGAGACAGACACAUAUAAGGGACAUGAUCAGCAGAUGUAGGUACAGAUUUCUGUGGAUGAAUCACACUGAUCUGUGUCAAUCUGAUCUGGAUCUGAAAGAAUUUAAACGUAAAGAGCUGUUCUCAAGAAUCAGUGACAUGUUGAAGGAGAACGAUGGAGAACAUCUGAGUCCUGACUCCUCUGAGGAGGAAGACACAGGUCUGACUUUGGCCUCUGGUAUAAAACACAAACCCUCUCUGAACCUGGUUCUUUUUGGGAGCAGUGGAGCAGGGAAGAGCUCAGCAGCUGAGUCCAUUUUAGGUGGAGCAGAUCUCCCUGCAGCGAGCAGCUCAGGGCAGUGUGUUAAACAUGAGGGAGAGGUCUGUGGGCGUCGGGUGUCUCUGGUGGAGCUGUCGGUUCUGUCUGGAGAACCUCUGGAGACAGUGAUGGAGCAGUGUCUCCGCUGCAUCUCCCUCUGUGCUCCUGAGGGCGUCCAUGCCUUCAUCCUGGUUCUACCGCUGGGUCAACUCACCGACGAAGACAAGGAAGAGUUUGAAAUCUUACAGAACACGUUGAGCACUCGGGUCAGAAACUUCACUGUGGUCCUGAUCUCCAUGAAGUCGGACGCUGCUCCUGUGAAAUUCACCAGAGAAAGUGGCGCGGACCUGGAGGAGCUGUGUCGGAUCUGUGGAGGAGAAGCCCUGUGUCUGAACAUCAGGGACACAGAGCAGGUCCUGGAGGUGAUGAAGACUGUGGACAAACUGACACAACGAGGCACCAGAGCCUACACCAGAGACAUGUUUACAGACGCUCUGGUGGAGAAAGCCGUCAAGUCUCCACAGAUGUAUUUGAGCCCAGUGG